AGUUCUUGGUUCCGCAAUUGCUCAUGGCUAGCUGCAGUCUCAACUUAGUUUGGUCGCUGAUAAGCUUUUCAUGCACCAUGUGGAGUGCAUGUUAUGCUGCAAACAGGGACACGCUGAAACCAGGAGACACUCUCAAUUCCUCAGAUACCUUAGUUUCUGCCAUGGGGAAGUUCACUUUGAGUUUCACUGCAUUAGAUAAGGGCAAACCGAACUACAGCUACCUAGUUCUUCAGCCGUCUGAAGAUAUUAUACCAUUUUAUUCCUGGAUCUGGAUUGCCAACCGGAACACACCAAUUAUGUACCCUACGGGAGCUCUUACCUUGGACAGGAAUGGAACACUGAAAAUUACGCAAAAAGGUCGUGAUCCUAUAGAGCUUUUCUCAGCGCCACGAACUACCAAUAUUAACAGUACUACUAGUGUUGUGGUGGCUACUCUGUUGGAUACUGGAAACUUUAUCCUAAAAGAACUGAGCUCUAUCGAUGGAUCAACGAAGCAAGUUUUGUGGCAAAGUUUUGAUUAUCUUGCAGACACGUUUUUACCAGGCAUGAAAUUAGGUGUGAACUACAGAAAUGGUCACAUUUGGUUGCUUACAUCAUCGUUGAUUGAUUCCAGCCCAGAGACAGGAGCAUUCACCUUUGAAUGGGACCCCAAAGGACACCAAUUGCAAAUCAAACAAUACGGGGUGCUUUAUUGGAGUAGCGGCGCAUUUAGAGAUGGGACAUUUGAAUUUCUAUCACCUUAUUAUGGUGAGCAGAGGGUUUGUAUCUUUAGCGUAGUUUCAAAUGAGAACGAAGACUACUUCACUUACACUAACACUGUAAAUAAUAGUGGUGACGAAUGGUUGCGACUAGACUCAGAGGGGAAACUAAGGCGAACACUGACGGACAUCCUAGAGAAGUACUCUGUAUCACAAUAUAUAUAUAGUGGACUCUGUGAUGGAAAUAACACUGAAGGAGGGUGCCAGAAAAGGCACCAGCCAACUUGUAGGUAUCUUGGUGAUAGAUUUGAGAAAAAAGUGGGUUUUUUCAGUCCAAUAAUUGAGUCCUCUGAACCAACCAUUGAUUCAAAUACAAGCCUCGGCAUUAGUGAUUGUCAGGCGGCUUGUUGGGAAAAUUGUGACUGUGUUGGGUUCUACUUUAAUUUUGAUAAUGAGACUGGAUGCAGAUUUUGGACUGGAAAAUCGGAGUUCAAUGAAGACACUACUGGCAAUACCACAACGAAUUACUUUGUUUUAACAAAGUCAUCUCGCAAAAAAGAAACACCAAAGUCGUCUCCCCCUCUGAUCAACGAAAAAGAAAAAAUAAAGUCAUCUCGCCGUAACGCACGUAAGUGGAUAUUGAUUGGAACGGCUAUUGCCGCUGCUCUAUUGGUAAUGGUGCUUUGCAUCUCGAGCUAUCUACUAAGGAGGAAACUAUUUUCAGGGGAGGCCAACCCGAUGAUUGAGAAUGAAUUGGUUGAAUGGAUGGAAUCUGAUAGAUCCACUGGCAAUGUCAAGGGGCUUCAAAAUGAUGGAAAGUUGGGAAAUAAUUUGACAGUAUUUAGCUACGCAUCUGUCAUGGCUGCCACAACUAACUUUUCGGAAGAAAACAAGCUCGGACAGGGGGGCUUUGGACCUGUUUAUAAGGGAAAACUUUUGACGGGACAAGAAAUCGCUGUGAAGAGGCUUUCAAGAUGUUCAGGGCAAGGAACUUCGGAGUUUAAGAAUGAAUUGAUACUCAUAUCUGAACUCCAACAUACAAACCUCGUUCAACUUUUUGGCUUCUGCAUUCAUGGGGAAGAGAGGAUAUUAAUCUAUGCCUACAUGCCAAACAAAAGUUUGGACUACUUUUUAUUCGAUUCAACCAGAGCGAUGCUACUAGAUUGGACGAAGCGGUUCAACAUAAUUGAAGGAAUCGCUCAAGGACUGCUUUACUUGCAUAAAUACUCAAGAAUGAGAGUAAUUCACAGAGAUUUAAAAGCUAGUAACAUACUACUUGAUGAAUAUAUGAAGCCCAAAAUUUCUGAUUUUGGUUUGGCAAGAAUUUUUACACAUAAUGAACUUGAAGCAAGUACUAAUAGGGUUGUUGGAACAUAUGGUUACAUGUCUCCCGAGUACGCUAUGGAGGGGACUUUUUCGAUAAAAUCUGACGUCUAUAGUUUCGGGGUGUUAAUGCUUGAAAUCAUUAGUGGUAGGAGAAAUAGUAGCUUCUACAAUGCUGAUCGCGUGCUCAAUAUAGUAGGAUAUGCAUGGGAGUUAUGGAAAGAAGGGAGGGGGCUAGAGCUAAUGGAUCCAACACUAAAGGAUUCAUGUAUUGAAGAUCAAUUGUUAAGAUGCUUCCAUGUUGGUCUGUUAUGCGUGGAAGAAAAUGCAGAUGAUCGGCCCUCCAUGUCUGACGUCGUAUCUAUGUUGACCACUGAAACAAUUUCAUUGCCAUUACCUACAAUGCCAGCAUUCAUCACAAGAAGAAAUGUUAUUGUGUCUGAUAUAAGUAGAAGGGAGUUGCAAAUUAUAUCAGUAAAUGGCUUGUCUAAUACCACAGUUGCUGGACGAUAGAGGAUUCGUCUAUUAGCUAAACGAUAUCUUUGAGCCAUAAUUACAAUGACCUACAUUUUGGAACAUUGCUAGAGGCGGCGCCCAAAGCUGAGAGGGGAACACAAAUUUUGCUUAUAGUCCAUAUAUGUAUAUUUAUAUGUUGUGGUGUCAUUUCUGAUAUGUUGUGGUGUCAUAAAUCAUUUUUGAUUCUCUCAAGGAAACUUCCUUAUUUGGAAA